GCAUCUCUGCGCGACUGGGCCGCACAUUACUUGGAAGCGCUUCACACCCACUUCAAACAGGACCGACCCGUCGUUUUGCUUGGGUAUUCUUUUGGCGGCCUAUUGGUACUAGAGAUGGCUCGAUUGCUGGAGAUAACUGGAAAAGGAUCACCAUUCUCUACAAUCAUAGUUGACACACGUUGUUAUAAUCCAGACCAGCCAUUUUUCAAGGACGAGGAAGAGAGACAGACAGCUGCUGACGAUGCCGUUCGCCUCUUUGGCCCCGGCCAAACAAGAAUGAUUGAGGAACACUUUGAUAAGCAUGCCCAUAUAUGGGAGAAUUCUGCAUGCCCGGACCACUACCUCGGCCGCUCACUCUACCUAGCCACUCCGGAGGCCGUGGAGUCGGGUAUUGUAGAUUGGUGGCGGAGUCAGUGUCCGCAUAUUGAGGUUCAGCGAGUGGAAUGCUCGCACGGAGAGAUUUUCGAACCUGCGAUGACUGGUCCCGUAAGUGCAUUGAUAAAUGAGCAUUGCGACCUAGAUUUCACGCGCAUUGAGCCUCAGGCAGGAGGUGCGCCUCAUACGAGGAUAUCUAAAUUGGCAGGGGUCUGGUAACUGUCUGGUUGUAUUGAUGUUAAGCGAGUAUGAAGAUAUACUAUGAUAAUUAUUCGCAGCCACGAUUGAGCUAAGGCAACAUAUUGUGUGAUGCAGGAAGCUUGAGCAGUAGUUACAAGGCAAAAUGUUUAUCUUCUCAAACAGCUCUCAAUAAAAUAAUAUAAUCGGUUAUUGCUCUCGUUUUCACAGGUUAGUGGCAACAAAAGUAGAAGCUAGAUGACUGUUCGAUACCAUUGGGAGCGAGAUG